CAUCAAGAAUAUAAACCAUAUUACAGUAACAAGUAUAUUUUUAAACAGCCAAUAUUCCUGUUUCUUUUCUUAAAAGCAAAGAAAUGUCACCAGAAAAACAGUAGUGAGCAAUACACCUUCUCUUCCCAGUUAUUGUAUGUUUCAAAGUGAUUUUUACUAAAACUAUUCUCAAAGAAAGUAAUUAGAUCUGAUAGCUAAUCUGUGCUCUUUUAAAAAAGCAAAUAUGUGAUUGUUUUUAAUGAAGAGCAAAGGACAAACAGUUAAGUUUUUAAUCAAAAGGAAGCCACUUUUCAAGAUUAUUGCACUCAGAUUAUUGGUACCAUCUGCUACUAAUUGUAAGUAUAUUUCAUUAAAUGAUUAUCAGUUCCUUUAUGCUUCAUGGGUCUCCAUCUGUGUACAUCUAAUUUUAUUCAGCUGUUAAUUUAAAAUAAUUGGUCUUUUACAUUAGCACCCAGUCAAAAAGCAUUUUUGCCCCCAUUCUGUGCUUCCCAAUUUGGUGUUUUAUUUUUGCUGCGUAAUAUAGGUGUGCUUCACAGUUAUUCAAAGCACAGAGCAUUUUUUAAAAAAUUAAAAGGUAGUGUUUUACUUGCAAUGGCUGUCUAAACUGUGAAUUACUCUGGUGACAUUUCCCCACUUUAAUUUCAGUUUUUCAUUUGAUAUUUAAAGAGUCCCUCUUUAGGAUGGUUGCAAUUUAAAGGUAAUAUAUUCCUCCUUUGACACAAUAAGGAGCGAGCUGUUUCAACUGAUCCUUUGCAGAAUACAUUUGAAGGUUAAGUAACUGCAGCUCUUGGUUAAUCCAAGGUAAUCUGCUCUUACUAAAUGGAUGCCUAUGUUCACAGCCGUGGCACACAGAGGGAGUGCCUAGGAAUAAAAGAUUUUAGGUUUUGGGUAUAUCAAUUGUCCUGGAAGGAAGUCAUGUAUCUGAUUGCUGCUGUCUGCAUUGUGAUGAGCUUUUUGGAAGAGGUCGAUAGUUUCUGCCCAUCUCAGUGCACUUGCAUCUAUCAUGGCAGAGGGGAUGACACUGGAACAAGGUCUGUGCUGUGCAAUGAUCCUGAUAUGUUUGAGAUACCUGUAAACGUUCCAGUGGAUACAGUGAAACUCCGGAUAGAAAAGACUGUCAUACGAAAGAUCCCGACUGAAGCCUUCUACUACCUGGUGGAUCUCAAAUACCUGUGGCUUACCUACAACUCUAUAGCAAACAUUGACACGAGCAGCUUCUAUAAUUUAAAACUAUUGCAUGAAUUGCGCCUGGAUGGGAAUUUGCUGUCGAGUUUCCCUUGGGAAUCUUUGGCUGAGAUGCCUAACCUCCGAACACUUGACUUACACAACAACCUAAUGACCAGCAUUCCUGCUGAGGCCGGCAAAUAUCUGAGGAAUCUCACUUACCUGGACAUAUCUAGCAACAAAUUAACCUCUCUGCCAUCAGACAUCUUGGAUAUCUUGCUUCCUUUUUCUGAAACAGGAUUGCCCAGAAACACAGAUCCCAGGAAUGCAGACUCCAUAAUACAGAGGGUCAUAUUAGGCUUGCAAGACAACCCAUGGUAUUGUGACUGUCGGAUUUCCAAGCUAAUUGAAUUUUCUAAAAUUGUGGAUACCGCCAUUUUGCUUCUGGACCCUUUUGUCGCUUGCAGUGGACCUGAGAGCCUGGCUGGGAUUUUGUUCCAAAGAGCAGAGCUGGAACAGUGCUUGAAACCAUCCGUCAUGACUUCGGCCACAAAGAUCACCUCGCCCCUGGGAAGCAACGUCCUACUGCGCUGUGAUGCAACUGGCUAUCCCACCCCACAACUCACCUGGGUUAGGUCAGACAAUGUGCCGGUGAACUAUACAGUUAUUCAAGAAAGUCCCGGUGAAGGUGUAAGAUGGUCCAUCAUCAGCUUGACUGGCAUUUCCUACAAGGAUGCAGGUGACUACAGAUGCAAGGCCAAAAAUUUGGCUGGAAUGUCAGAAGCUGCUGUUACAGUCACUGUUGUUGGCGUUGUCACCACAACUGUUUCUCCACAAAAGUACGGGAAAAAGACUGGAGCAGACCAGCAAAACACCACCCAGGAAGAGGUCAAACAAGAAUCCUUGAAUGCAACCACCGCUUCUUCUUCGACAUUGCCUACAAGCACUUCUCCUCCUACAACAGUGGCUACCAGUGAAAGGCCUACAACUGACAGAAGCAGUGACAAAAAACCACCCAAGUCAAUGCCAGAUGGAAAAAAGAACUCCAAAUCAAAUACAAACGGAGGCAAGAAACAACCAGGUGAUGUUAGCAAGAAGGAUGAUGGGACAUCCCUCAGCGCAGCAGCAGGAGCUGAAAAAAACGGUGCAGUAAAAAACCUAAGAGUAAUUCCUGAAACUGACGAAAGAGUGACCUUAACAUGGAAAACUGCCAAUGUCACAAGCAACUCUUCUUUGACUGUGUUGUACUCAAAGUAUGGGGAGAAAGACAUGCUGCCCCUGAGCACUGACCCCUCGAAAAACAAAGUCACCAUAGAUGGUUUGGAACCCAGCACACAAUAUAUGGCCUGUGUUGUUCCCAAAGGGACCCCACCUACAAAGGACCAAUGCAUCAUUUUCUCCACUGAUGGAAUUACCAUGGAAGAUGAUUAUCCGAUUCCCAUUUUGCUGGUAGCUGGUGGGGUGGCCUGUGCCGUUGUCUUACCAUUGAUAUUUUUCUUACUGUAUAAAGUCUUAAUGCUUCACAGGAAACCAAAACCUGUCAGGGAAGAUGACCUUGAAAAAGAGACUUACGUCAAAUUUGAAACCCUUUCCCUCAAACCACGUUCCGUGGUGGCAGGUGGGGAGCUUUGGGCUCGGCGGAACACCGAUGAGUCAGAAAGACUACUGCUGUGUUCUAGGUCAAGUAUGGAUUCUCAGAUGACCUUCAAAAGUGAAGGCUCAAGGUCAGAGUACCUCUGCUGACUCUGGGUGUUCUGCGGACCAUCUGAAGAUCCCUACUGGGGAAUAGGGGAGUGACUGCAGCCUUGUUUCAGAUGCUGGAUCAGUGCCAGUUAUAAAAUGUGAGGAUUAAGGACAGCGGCAUUGAAUAGAAAUCAGAAUCGUCUUUGGUGGGACAUAUAGGGGGGGAAUGCCUCUUUGAAAAGUGACAUUUUUGAACUUUUGUAUUAUUUUUGAAGCAUUCUGCCUAUUUAUAUUCUGUCUUUUUAUCAAUUUGCUCUUGUUCAAAUGAAAGAUUUUGUGUAAAACAUGUACCACCAGCCUGUCCAUUGCUAUCUAUGUUUCUUGUUUUUAUAUAAACUAACUUUAGAUUAAUAGGUAUUAAAAAAUACAUUUUUCAUAUGCAGUUAAAAUGUUAGAUUUCCAUGCUUGGACAUUUGACAGAUAAAAGGGCCACAAUCCAGCACAACUCAUUGAAAUAAGUGUGGAUUUGUUGGUUUAAUUCUACUUUUUGAAUUGUGGGCGAGAUGUCUGGUGAUAAAAACGUGGUUUGUGUUGUAGAACACAGUUGAACAUUAAAUAAUGCCUUGUUUUGA